UGACAACGUUAAUUCAAUAAAAAUUGAAGGUCAUCAUUUACGUUCAAAUUUAAGUGCGGAACAAGUGCAAAAGAAAGUUGGAAGAAAAAUGGCGCUGAGAUCCAAUCUCCGCAGGUGCUGUUCACAUGUACUUCCUCUGCUCGCCCCCGGCACCAUCGCCGCCUCAUUGCACUCUCAUGCCACUAGUUUUGGAUUUAAAGAAGUGCCAGAAGAGGAAAAGAGCAGAAUGGUUGGUGAUGUUUUCAAAAGGGUUGCUUCAAAAUAUGACAUUAUGAAUGACCUAAUGAGUUGUGGUCUUCAUCGAUUUUGGAAAGACAGACUUGUCUCAAAAUUGAGUCCAUUUCCUGGAAUGCAGCAUCUUGAUGUUGCGGGUGGAACAGGAGAUAUUGCAUUCCGUGUUUUGGAAGCUAUCCAUAGUGUUGAACAUUGUGGGACUUCACGUGUUGCUGCUGAUGAAGAUGAAGAAGAUGAAACACGUGUCUUUGUCUGUGAUAUCAACCCUGCAAUGCUGGAUGUUGGUAGGAAGCGAGCAAUUGAGAGAGGACCUGGAGAAACCCGCUCCUUAGUAUGGAUUGAAGGAGAUGCAGAAGCCCUUAAGUUUGAAGAUGCAUCAAUGGAUGGUUACACUAUUGCUUUUGGGAUAAGAAAUGUGACACAUAUAGAGAAAGCUCUCAGCGAAGCAUACCGAAUCUUAAGGCGGGGAGGUAGAUUCCUUUGUUUGGAGUUGAGCCAUGUUGAUACUCCUGGUUUCCGACAACUUUAUGAUUUUUAUUCAUUCUCAGUAAUUCCAUCUCUUGGGGAAAUUGUUGCUGGGGACCGUAUGUCAUACCAGUAUUUAGUUGAGAGCAUACGCCGGUUUCCAUCUCAGGAUAAAUUUGCUGCAAUGAUUAAGGAGGCAGGCUUUGAGAAAGUUGAGUAUGAGAACCUUGCAGGUGGAGUGGUUGCAAUUCAUUCUGGCUUUAAGUUAUAAUAAAUAUAGAUUGACCUUGUUAUUUGUGAGCAAUUAAUAUUGUAUCUGAAGUGAAUAAUCAGUAAAUUGCAGUAUAUGCUGCUGUUUGAGAAUAAAAAAGUACUAUCUAAUCUCAAUCGCCGAGCCAAGUUUUUCAUAUAUUACUUUAGUAAGAGUUGUUUUCUUUGGUGAGAAGCAUGUAUAUUAAAUUGAUUAAGGAAUUGAAUUUUGAUUUUGAAGAAGCCUUCAUAUAGAAUCAGUCUUUUUGAUGUA